UCUUAUUUUGACAGUGCACUUGUUUGAACUCCUCGCACAUGGUCCGUGCUUGUUUACGUUCUUUGAUUCCUGGUGCGAUCCGGAGUUUUAAAUCACCACAAAAAUGCCCAAAGUUCGUGCCGAAAAGAAGACCCGCGUCCACACGGAGGUGGCCAAACAGGGUAUCGUUUUCAACAAGGACUUUGGCCAGCACAUCCUGAAGAACCCGCUGAUUGUGACGUCGAUGCUGGAGAAGGCGGCGCUGCGGCCGACGGACGUGGUGCUGGAAAUCGGCCCCGGAACCGGCAACAUGACGGUCAAGAUUCUGGAAAAGGUCAAGAAGGUUAUCGCGUGCGAAAUCGAUCCCCGCCUGGUGGCGGAACUGCAGAAGCGUGUCCAGGGCACGCCGAUGCAGUCCAAGUUGCAGAUCUUGAUCGGGGAUGUGCUGAAGGCGGAUUUGCCGUUUUUCGAUUGCUGCGUCGCGAACAUGCCGUACCAGAUCAGUUCGCCGUUUGUGUUCAAGCUGCUGCUGCACCGGCCUUUUUUUCGGUGUGCCGUGCUCAUGUUCCAGCUUGAGUUUGCGCAGCGGUUGGUGGCCAAACCGGGCGAUAAGUUGUACUGCCGGUUGAGCGUUAACACACAGCUGCUGGCACGGGUGGACAUGCUGAUGAAGAUUGGGAAGAACAAUUUUCGACCUCCGCCGAAGGUCGAGUCCAGCGUGGUGCGGAUCGAACCGAGAAAUCCUCCGCCGCCGAUCAACUACACCGAGUGGGACGGGUUGACGCGGAUAGCGUUCCUCCGAAAGAACAAAACGCUGUCGGCAGCCUUCAAGCAGACUACGGUGCUGACGGCGCUGGAGCAGAACUACAAAAUGCACUGCUCGCUGAAGAACGUGGAUCUGCCGGCGGAGUUCAACAUCAAGGACAAAGUGGAGGACAUUUUGAACGGGAUCGAUGCCGGGAGCAAACGUGCCCGCACGAUGGACACGGACGAUUUUAUGGCGGUGCUGCACGCGUUCAAUGCGGAAGGGAUUCACUUUAGUUAAGGGAGGAGAGCGCGGUUUUGGGUGGGCUAACAAUAAUUUAAUACAUCAUAUUUUAUAUAUGCUUUAGAAAGGUGUAUAGGCGCAAAGAGUACCGUAAGCCGGAAUACACACGUUGUAAUGUUAAAGAA